AUGUCGGAUGAAUCAGUGCGUUCUUGUAUUUUGGGUCUUUUACGUCUAACAAAACCGCAUAGCGCUCAGCUGAGACGCAGGUGUAACGACCUAUGGUGUUACGAGUUGCUGCGUUUAUCGGGUGCUCGACUCGUGAACAGACUUAAAUACGUGAUCUGUUGGGCCCCUUUACGUGCUCUAGUGGUGGCCUAUAACAGAGAGGCCUUGUCGGUGAAAUCAGAUGUAAGUACCAUUAUCACGAUAAAUCACUGUUGUUGGCGAUUAGCAAUACAACAGCUAUUUUUUUUUACCAUAGGCUAUCGGCAGUUUUACGAUGCGGGGAGUGACGAAGAAGAGUCUCUCGCUGAGGCGACGAGAGCUGUGGAGGAAACGGAUCUAGAGCGUCAAACAGCCCUCUACCAACCGCUGCAUGAGGAGGGGGUAGGGGAAGAACCUAGAGCGAGCACCUCGGCAGCCCCUGCCGAGACGAUACCGCAGCAUUUUACCAUAUAUCGGCCGUUUUACGACGCUGUGAGUGACGAAGAAGAAGAGGCUCUCGCUGAGACGACGAGAGCUGCGGUGGAAGCGGAUCUAGAGCAUCAAACCGCCCUCUACCAACCGCAGCAUGAGGAGAGGGCCGAGGAAGAGCCUAGAGCGAGCACCUCGGCAACCUCGGCCGAGCCGGUACCGCUGCAGCCCGAAUUUGAUGACGACGAGGCGUCGACUAUUCUCAACCCCUCCUUGAUGUUUAGCGAUCGGUCUGAUAUACUGGCUGUGUACCGGCACACCAGAGCUAACGAUGACGACGGAGCGAUAGCGGGUCCAUCGCAUCACCACCAUCGUCAGCAGGAAGAUGAUGACCUCGUACAACCCGAGAAUCAGCUGGGGGUGUACCCGCUGGACGUUCAACAGGCGGAGGAGGAGGAGGAGGAGGGGGAGGAGGAGGAGCGUCUAAACGAGGAGCGAUUAGAAGCCAGACGCUUCGGCCUAUGGUUUCAAGAGCUGAUGGAGUGUGAUUCAGGGUACUCGUCAGCUGACUCGUCAGCUGUCUCGUUAUUGGCGUACCGCGAUUAG